AUGCCGAUAAAUAGAUCGCCUCCUCUUACGGCUACAACUAAGUUAUCGCUCACUACGCCGGUGUUAGCCCCGUUGCAACAUAGUUCAUCCGUGCCGAAUAUUGCAAGCGAGGAUCGCGAGAAGCGUCCGGAAUGUGACAUUCCUAACAUUACUCAACGUAAUAAACGUAAGUGUUUGGAUUUGGAUUUGGAUACCCAACACGACAACCAAAUAUCAGUUUUUAUGUCUGAGAUGAAAACCAUGUUUCUUGAAUUUAAGGAACAGCAGGAUAAAAAAAUUGAGAAGAUUUACACAUCAAUUGAGGAGAUUAAAGCCCAAAACGUGACUAUUCAAUCUACGGUCACUUUCUUGUCACAGAAUUACGAUGCGCUACAGGAUAGAAUCAAUCAAUUGGAGACACAACUUGUGACAGAAAGAGAAACUAAUUUGUUGCAUCUACAAAAAUUGGAAGACAAUCUUGAAAAAAUGGAGCGGGGAGCUAGGUCUACAUGUGUGGAAAUAAGAAAUAUACCAGUUAAACCUCAGGAGUCCAAGGAAUCUCUUGCUGCAAUGGUUACCAGGAUUGUUCCAGAUACUGUAAGGCGUUCGCUGAUGUUUGGCCGAUUCACGGGAGGCACUGUGAGCAUUUCACGUCCGCAAGGGGCACGAACCGUGUUCAGCGCGCUCGCCCACUCCGCGCUGGCUUUACAGUGGAGCCAGUGUGAACGCGCCCUGGCCCCAGAUUCAGCGGGCGACGGGCAUCCUCUCACCAGUGGAGCGCUCACGGACUGUGCGACACCUAUCGUACCGUGGUUUAAAAAGGAAGGUAAUAUAAAAUUUUGA